CGUCAGCAUUGAAUGAGGUGUGGAGUUGGUGAAGAUGCAACACACCCGUCAGACUUCCCGUUCCGAGCAGCGCUCGCUGUCAAGCUACAUCGCAGCCGGGGCGUUCAAAGAAAGCAGGAAGCGCGUGGCCGCUGGCACGCUGUGAAAAGUUAGUUGAAUAUUUCAACACACGCGACGCCAAAGGGCAACUUUCCCGAUAAUGUGUGCCCCCGGUGAUCAAAGCUUGUUUUACUGAGCUUUCCAAAAUGAGGUUGCGACCGGCUAAAAAGAAUCUGCUGGUGUUUUUGGUCGUUUCCUUUUUCGUCGGGACCCUUUUGGUUUCCACGCGUGUGCUGUCAAUUUCAGAGAACGACGCCAGUGGCGAGAUUAAUCCAGCUCGUCGAGGCUCACGCUCAAGUAACACCAUUAAGUUCGACUUUUCCGGGUCACCGUCAGACCUGACGCGAUCCGUCUACAGCGCAAAUCACAAACAACAUAUUUUAAACGCCGAGCGGUUUCCAGGGGAGCCCCAACUGGUGCUGGUCGUCCAGGUCCACAACCGACCGGAAUACCUGCAGCUUCUCAUCAACUCCCUGGAGAAAGCCGCAGAGGUCCGCAGCUUCCUCCUCAUCUUCAGCCAUGACUAUUUUUCAGCGGAAAUCAACGCCAUUGUGAAAGGGAUCACAUUCUGCAAGGUCCUGCAAAUUUAUUUCCCGUUCAGCGCUCAGCUGUAUCCCACUGAAUUUCCUGGGCAGGAUCCACGGGACUGCCAGCGGAACUUAUCCAAAGACGAUGCCAUCAAAACGGGAUGCCUCAACGCGGAGCACCCGGACUCUUACGGCCACUACAGAGAAGCCUCCGUCACUCAAACCAAACAUCACUGGUGGUGGAAGUUGCAUUUUGUGUGGGAGCGAGUGCGAGCGAUGCGGGGCUACGGCGGACCGGUCGUAUUUCUGGAAGAGGACAACUACAUUUUACCAGACUUUUUCCACUUCUAUAAAUUAAUGCUCGAGUUCGGGAAGAGCAGUUGCCGGGAUUGUGAUUUGCUGGCUUUGGGAAACCAUAAUGACUUCACCGGCUUCCCCGCGCUGUCGAACAAGGUCUUGACCGCCGGGUGGUUGUCCACGAAACACAACAUCGGCAUGGCCGUCUCCAGAGAGAUGUACUACAAGCUGAUGGGCUGUAGCGACCAAUUCUGCACCUACGACGAUUACAACUGGGACUGGACGCUGCAGCACCUUUCGGGUACCUGCAUCGCAAAGCCUAUAAAAGUGCUGGUGGCGCAGGGCUCUCGGGUUCUUCACACCGGAGAUUGUGGGCUGCACCAGAAGCAGAACUGCAAGCCAGAGUGGGCCUCGCAAAAGGUUGAGGAGACGCUGAAGAUGGCUCAAGGUGCCCUUUUCCCUCCUUCUCUUGUCCUUACGUCUUCUGAAGCAGCUCAGCACAAGGACCACGUGAAGAACGGAGGGUGGGGAGAUGUCCGAGACCAUAUUCUAUGCAAUAACUAUGCCAAACGACUUUAAAGUCUGCCUUACUGUGAUGUGUAUUUAAAAAAAAAAAAGUCCAUUCUGCACAUUUUUCCAACACAUUUCCGAGUGAGGGUUCAAGAGUCUUUACUGUGUGUUUUUAACGCUUGACGGGUCUUGACAAGCAAAUCAAGUCCAAGCGUGUUGGGCAUUCAGCAGAUGUGUCAUUGCCAAAGACUGUUCAUAAUGUGAAUAUUCUUUGUUAAUAAUGUUAGUCUAUCAUGCUAAUGGUCUGUGAAUGGCGCGCAUCUAGACCAGGGUGAAACCCGCCUUUUGUCCAAAGUUAGCUCUACCACUUACCCCGGGAAUCCUUAUUAGGAUAAGCGGUAUAAAAUGGAUUCCAAAUCCAUUUUUUGAGCAUUUUAUUCCAUUUCGUUUUUCCAUGAUUUGACAGUAUGUUUGACACAAGUGUGUCAUGUCUUGCACUGCAUCUGUGAAAUUCACUUGCUUUGUUUAUAGUUUCAAUGGUACAAUUUCAAGUGCAGUUAAAACAUGGAAGGGAUGAAAAUGUUGCACAUAAUGCAAGUUACUGAAUACUGCAAAGUCAACAGUGACGGCUUGAUUUAUUGACCCCCCCCCACCUUCGUGUUUGCUCUUGAAGCGGCAGAAAAGUGUCCUUUAGGAACUUUGUCCCAACGGAUCCCAAACUGCAUUUGCGAUGCAAACAAAAGUGAAAAAUGCCUUAAUGUGAAUUGUUUUGGCAGUGUAAAGCUGAAGUUUAACACGGUCUUUAUUCAUGAUGUAAUUUUGCUUCAUCUGACCAGUAGUGCCUUUUGAUUGUUCCUUCAUACCUCAGCUGAGUGUCAAGAAAACAUUUAGGAUUUGUUUGAAAUUUUAUCAAAGGAGUCGCGGAUUAAUGUAAUUAUUUUGCAGAUGUGUAUUAUUUGAAAUGAACAGUGACAUUUUGUUUGUUAGACAACUCGACUCUAUUUAGUCAUUCUCGGUGCAGAAUAUACUGAACAUGCGUUAUCCUAUAAAUAACAGCCUCUGAUAUUAAUUAAUGUGCAGACAGAGUUCAUGAUUCUCAAGUCGGUGACGUGGCACAGAUAUAAAUUCUUGUCUUGACUAAUUUCGGGAAAAUUGUAAUACCUCUUUAUUGAUGAUCAAUCUUUUUUUUUCACAGUGGAAAAAAAUAAAUAAAUAUAUAUUUUCCCUA